GAGCUCUUGAACGUUUCAUUCCAGAGAGCAAGACCAAAAUAGCUGCAGGACAACAGAAGCCGAGACAGCUCAUCCUGUCCAAAUAAACGGCAAUAACUUUGAGUUAGAGUGUAAAAAAGUUGCAUUACAGAAAACCUAACAUGUUGACAACUGAGGAAGGACCUAAACAGCACAUUUACAGCUGGAAACCCCAAUCUGUCGGAGGCACUCAACCCCGUAUCGGUCACCCUGGGAGACGUGUCAACAGCAAGGCAUGGCAUCUCAGCUCCAGACCCCAGCACUGGAGAAAUACGGCACCAUCAUAUUACUUCUGCUUUGUGAGACAAGCCAUCCUGUGGAACAGAGGACAGCAUCACACAGUUAUCAAGCGUGAGAAUGGCCCUCCACCCUUGUGUUCUCGCUUUCAUGCUCAUAUGGAGGCCUGUCCUGUCCGUUUUAGAAGUCCACAUUUCCUAAACGUGCACUCCAGAACAGGGCCUAAUCGUCUGGGGCAAAAACAACAGCAGCAGAGCCUGAGUGCUCCACAACCUCAAAUAUGGCCAGGCACACUUUAACAAAGUACCCUUUCUACAAUGAAAGUGAAAAGGAAGGCCAUUGAUACAAAUGAUAUAUCAGAGCGGGCUUGGGAGUCAACAGAGAUGGGAGCAUUACUCUACAUCACAGGCCAAAACUAAUUAUACAGCCAUAUGGUGCUCGGAGACUCUAACAAUCAAACCCGACCUGCCUUUAGCUCCCCAAGGAGAGAGUAGGGGGGCGAGGCCGCAACAGUGCGAUAUGACACAUGUCGUUCACACAAAUACAUUGUGUGUGUGUGUGUGUGUGUGUGUGUGUGUGUGAGACUGUGACAGAUGGACUAGGCAAUGGUAUUGUAAGAACAGCAGUGCAGCUAUGUGCUUUCCAGCCUCUCUCUCGUUUUUUCUCUUUCCCCUCACUCAAUCCUUUUCUCUCGCUGUUCUGUCCUCUGACUCCUCAGUGACACAGACUGAGAGGAACAAGAGUGUAUUGUGUAGGGGCCUCUGGUCUGCUUCAACACAGGCCCCUGCUGGGGGACUCACACCAUACUGGCCUGGGGGACAACACACGAUAAGGGACGAGAGCCAGAGACGGUUGGUUUAUUAGUGUGCGUUUUUCCCGUUAAUUCCAUGGCCAAAUACAACACAAAUCUCCACAGUAUGAAGCUUUCAACCUGGCAGGGUUGUGCGGCAUUCAGUUUAAUUGAGAAUGUCUUUUCAAUUUAGAAUCAAUUCCUACAUUUGAAUUGAAAUUUAAAGAAUUUUAUAUUAACAAAUUUUAACUAAAAAUUUUUUUUAUCAUUUUAUUCCAAAAAUUUGAAAAAUAUUUAAUUUUGAAAGUUUAUAGGCGACAGACAGACAGAUAAACAGAUAGAUAGAUGAUAGAUAGAUAGAUAGAUAGAUAGAUAGAUAGAUAGAUAGAUAGAUAGAUAGGGACCCACCACUAAGACCCUCUAUAGCACAUCCUACUGAAUAAGCACAGUGGAUAUGGGGCCCACCCAAAAAAAUGUUGUUCCAAACUCUGUGAAUUUUAGCCACGACCCUUGUCAUAACAAGACAUCUUCACCGAAACAUAAUUUCUCAUUGUGGUUCCAUCAGCAAGAGAAAGCCCGGAAAGGAAUACUGCACAUCAUGAAACAGGACAGUCUGUGAAAAUCUCUCCCAGCAGGCAUCAGCAUCAAGGGCCAUCGAAGAAAGAGUGGGGCUUGGCUCAUUUGUUUGCUUUGCUGUCAUUGCAUCCAUAAUUAGCUAUAUGGGGUUUCUAAUCCCAAUUAUGAGAAUGAGUUCCUUCAUAUAGUGGUUGCAAGUGGUAAUUAUCAUAUCUUAGAGUCACUCUGCAUUCUGAGCUGGGAACUGGACAGCUGCUCCUGCAGAGGGGCAGAGUUUUCAAGGGGAAGGGGGGUGUCCGGGGCCCUUGUUAGGAACCAGGGGCCCGCAACAGGCAAAAGACUGUUUGCUCUGAGGCUCAGUGAAGUAGGGCAGCGUCAGCUAUUGGGCUGGGUGGCCUUUGCCUCUCUCCUCUCCUUUUUAGCUGUAAAUGAUGAUGAAUACGCUUUCUGCCUGACCCUCAUGCAGGACCCCCAUGUUAAUUAUUCAGGACCUCUUUUUGUGUGUGCCCUGAACAAUGCCUGUCAUUAAGCUUGUGUGUGUGUGGAUGUAUGUGAGUGUGUGUUUGAGUGUGUCUUGUUCAUCUCUACAUGAGACAGCUGCAGUCUGGGUGCUCUGUGCUGCGGUAUGGUUUGCUUAGUGAAGGAUUUCUGCUCUUGUGCAUUUGCGAUGCCCUUUUUCAUUUGCAUUUUUGAGUAAAGAUUCCCUAAACCUCACUCUCCAGUGUAACCCUAACCUUGACCCAGAUGUAAUCUCCCCUUUGACCAGGGAUGUCCAAGCCUGCCCCAAGAGGACCACCAUCCUGCAGAGUUUAGCCCCAGCCCUCCAACCAAUUAAUCAACAUCUAUUAUUUUGAAACUUCCAGGCAGGUGUGUUGGAGCAGAAUGAAGCUAAGCUCUGUAGAAAGGUGGCCCUACAGAAGCAGAAAUGGACACCCCUGCCCUGAACCUCUGCUACCCCUUAGAGUCGGGUUGUCCUCAUAUCCACUUUCAUUUUAAAUGAUCUCAACCUCUUCUUUCUCCAGGCAUCAGGAGGCACCGAAACAUAGAUAAUUCCAGUAGUAACCAAUUCAGUGUGUUUCUGCCCCAUGCACCUGGAUCCCCUACUUCUCCAGCACCCCCAGCAAGUCCUUCUUUGACUCUCAAGUUUGCUGAUAACCCUCAGAGAUCCCAAAUCCUGAAUACACACUUCCAGCUGACAGAUAAAGAAGAAGAUGCAUCCACUGCUCCACAAGAUCUGAAUCAAGGACACCAUGAAAUGGCUGAAGAAGAGACAAUGACACCAACGACUCCAAUGUCCACCCCGACAACCCCAAGCAUACCAGCCACCCCAACCACUCCAGGCACCCAAACAACCCCAAGUACCCCAAUCACUCCAGGCACCCCAACAUCUUCUGUGACCCCAAAUUCUCUUUCUGAUUUCAGCCGCCCUUCGUCAAGCCAGUUUAGCCGUAGCACAGACCUGAACAGUAGCUUCUCAGACGCCCUGUCAGUGAACUUCAGUGUUGACCAUGAUGCUAAUAAUAGUACCGAUGACGAAGACAAUCAUGCUUAUGACCUCAACCAGAAUAAUGAUUAUCAAGAGGGCUGCUCUACUUCUCUCCCCGAGCUUCACUUCAGCUCUGCAGGAAGUUGCAGUCAGGCCAGCUCACGAAAGGAAGUCCUUCAAGCACAUCUCUCUAGAUCUCUUACAUCCUGCAAACAAGAAACACCUUCCACUUGCUUGCCAGACACUCCACUUUACAUCUCUAAAACUCCUCAAUCACGGCAAACCUCAGCCGUCCAAUGGUCCACAUAUGAAAACCUGCAUGGACGCCUCGGAUCAAGCCAGUCUGGCCUGAGCAUUCAGUCACAAAAGCCUGAUUGCUCAGCAGUGGAUAGUCGGUCAGAAUGGAACCUUUGGCCCGUGCUUCCUCCCAUCAUGCCUCAAGAAGAUGAACUGCAAGGUCAGUGUAUAAUGGAAGGGACCCCUGACUCCCAGUCCAACAGGUCCCAGUCUGAUAUCUUUGCUGAGCUGGAUGAUCUGGCCCCUCACUCAAGUUCCUGUGUGUCCCCAGACCACCCAGCCGGGAGUCAAACUGACCGAUCCUCACCUACCACAGAUCUGAGCCCUGGGCUUGCGGCACUGACUGUGGGAUGUGAUUCGGGUGAUCUAGGAUCUUUGUCCCGCGUGCAGCUUUUGCUAUUGGACCGAAAAGGAUCCGAAAGCCCUGGUUCCAUCCCAAGCCCUGAAUGGUGUAUCACUCCAGACGGGGAGGAGUAUGAACCUGGCCUUAGAGUCUGGAGCUCGGGCAUUCCCCAAUAUUAUCAGUCCACAGUCCUGGACAACCGCAAACCAUUAAGUGGCAGAAACAGUGGCCAAGAUUCUUUGGCAACUUUCAAGGGACGCAAAAAGUGCCCUGGGCUCAUCAGUGUGGAGAGUGGAUCAAGGACAUCAUCCUCUUGUUCUGUCAGCUCAAGAGUGUCUGAGAGCAGCUCUAAGAACCAAAAGAAACCCACCUGUGAGGACCAAGGUUGCGAGUUGCAAGAUGAAGAUGUCCCGCUCUAUUUGUCGCCACUCUCUCCCAGUGCUUUGCAGACAGAAAGCCCAACAAGCGAGGGGACCAUACUGGUCCUGCAAUGCCCAGAGAGCAGUGACCAUGCUGAAAAACACAGGAACAGGUCCGACAGACUCAGAGAGAAGAGGAAGAGGAAGAAGGAGAUCAAGAGGUGGAAGAAUAAAGCCCUGGAGAUUUACUCCAAACUGCAGGAUGGAAAAGACCUGACAGAGCCCACUCAUCAGAGCCCUUGCUCUAAGUUUGAGGACUUUGAUUUUCUGGCAAAGUACUGCAUCCUCAGUAAGGAGAAGCUAUUAGUGUACAAAAGAGCAUUUGAGGCUGCUGAUAGUGAUGGAGAUGGUUAUCUGAGCUGUCUGCAAGUGCUGUUGGCCCUAAAAGAGAUCAUUCCCCCAGAACUUCUGACUGAAGAAGAGGAAAUAUAUGUGUACAGGAUUCUGGAGCUGGUUGAUUUCAGAGUGACAGAAGGCCUUACGGACCUGCGCCUGUUUGCUGUAGUGGCCAGUCUGGCCCAGAAAAUAGCCACAUUAGAUGAUUUCAUGCGCUCCCUCAUCAGCAAGAUGGAUUUCAGAUCUCUGGAGAUGAAGCUUUAUAAAGCCAAGCAGUUGUUCCUGUUCUUGCUGGAGGCCCAGACAGGGGGCGCUGUGGCACCAGAGGGCUGCAUUGAGGCAGAGCAACUCCUAGUGGAGCUCAAGGCAGGGGGCAUCAGGCCAGAGCACGAGGCGUCGGUAAGACGAGAACUUCGCAAUCUGCGCUCCCUCGACCUUCUCGACUUCCUUGCUCACCUGCCUCUCUUCAUCCUCAUCCAUAACUCGGUAAUCGCCAACCCCUUCGAUGACUCCAGCAACCUGUGAUGGUAUUAACAAGAACUGUUUGCACCAAUGGUUAUGUCAUAUUAAUUCCAGUGCAAAACAUAAACAAAUAAACACAUAUAUUGGAGAUAUAUGUAUAAUAAUACACAUAUCUGAAAAACGUUCAGGGUCGGUAAGAUUUUUGGAUGUUUUUGAAAGACGUUCUUAUGCUCAACACAGCUGCAUUUACUUGAUAAAAAUACAGUAAAAACUGUGAAAUAGUGAAAGUGUUUCUAUUUAAAUAUAUUUUAAAAUGUAAUUUAUUCCUGUGAUUGCAAAGAUGUAUUUCCAGCAUCAUUACUCCAGUCUUCAGUGUCACAUGAUCUUUUAGAAAUCAUUCUAAUAUGAUGAUGUGCUGCUCAAGAAACAUUUCUUAUAAUUAUCAAUGUUGAAAACAGGUGUGCUGCUUAAAACAUUUUUUUCAGGAUUCUUUGAUGAAUAGAAAUUUCAAAAGAACAGCAUUUAUUUGAAAUAGAAAUCUUUUGGAUUAUAAAUGCUUGUCAUUUUACACUUCAUUUAUCACUUUAUUUUAUACUUUAAAAAAAGAAAUCUUACUGACCCCAAACUUUUCAGCAGUAGUGUAUAUAAGAAUAAAAUAGAAUUAAAAUAUUUAUAUAAAUUAUAUUUUUUGCAUAGAUAAUACAUAUUACUUUACAUUUCAUAUAUUAUAUUAUAUAUUGAUAUCAGCACUAAGUACAGAAGUAAUAAAUAUGGGAACAAAUACUGAUAAAAAUGAUUGUUUAAGUGUCCCAUUUAACCUGUAUCAACCUCAAUAAAAAUGAACUAAAACAA